AUGUUAGGUGUAAUUUUAUUAGUGAGCACUGUGGUUUGCGCACAAGCUGUGCCCCUAGAUGUGGUACACGGAGUUGAUGAAACACAAUCUGUAAGACGUCAACAGUUUAAUAAUGGUCUGAGGAUAGCUCGCGACGGAUAUUAUUCUGAAUCCCAUUUGGUCACUACCAGCGAUGGGUACAUCCUUGAAUUGGUACGAAUUCCAAACAAGCGCUUCCAAUUCUGGUUGAAUCCAUUCGCUAGGAAGAAGCCUGUUGUAUUUUUGAUGCAUGGACUCCAGGGUUCCUCAGUAUCUUAUAUUACUUUGGGUGCACGAAGAAGUUUAGCUUACAACUUGGCUGAUGCUGGUUUCGAUGUAUGGAUGGGGAAUGCACGUGGAGUUAUCAAUUCUCGCAACCACGUUUCCUUAAAUCCUGACGACCCUAAGGACGCUAAGAAGUUCUUUGAUUACAGUUUCGAAGACAUUGCUACUAAAGACCUCCCAACCAUGAUCGACUACGUCCUACAAAGAACUAAACAAGACAAGUUACACUACGUCGGACACUCUCAAGGAGGCACUGCAUUCUUGGUCCUUAAUUCACUUUUACCGAAAUAUAACGAUAAAUUCAUAUCUGCUGAUAUUCUCGCUGGUGUUGGCUAUCAAGAUCAUUUCCCAACUGCUAUAUUGAAAAGUAUCGCCAAAGCCACUGACUUCAUUUAUAACUUUGCUGUUCGAAGAGGUUUACUUGAAGUAGGUUUUAGAUUAAAACAACAAAUUGUAGACGAGAACUUAAAUUUUGAAGACUCUGACGUACUAAGCUCAAAUAAUGAAGUUGCACUGAUACUACAAUCUUUACGCUCCUUUUUGGAGGGACUCUUAAUGCUUGGACGUCUGGAAGUUCUUGGUGAAGCAUCAGUAAAGCAAUUCGCGCAUUACGGACAAAACAUCAAAGACAAAUCAUUCCGUAGAUGGGACUAUGGACCGGUACAAAAUUUGCUGAAAUAUGGUAGAUUCCAGCCACCCCAAUAUGAUCUGAGACGAGUUACAGUAGAUUUGACAAUGCAUUACGCUAUGUCUGAUAUUUUGUUAAGUGAAAAAGACGUUUUAAAUAUGGCCGCGGUAAUUCCAAACGCUAAAGUCCGAAAAGUAGCGAGAGAAAGCUUUGGACACAUGGACUUCAUAAUUUCCAAUGAUUCUAAAGAAUUAGUUACAGAUUUUGUUGUAAACGGACUCAAAAAACGAUAUGAAUGA